AUGACGCUCCUAAUACUUUGGAUAGCUACGCUAUUUCUUCAUACGGGACAUGGAGUCAAGACUCAGAGCAAGUUAUCGCCAUUCGGUCCGAGCAUGAAAAAUGCCGUCAUGAGUGGUAUACAAGAUACAGCGGAUUUUGCUAUCAAAAUACACCCUCCCGUGGAAGAUGUAGAUGAGACAUUGAAAUCGCUAGAUGGUAUUAUGAUGAUGGAAGAUGCUGAACGCCGAGCAUUGAACGAAGAUUUUGUCGAUGCUGAACAGCGACUUUUGUCUCUUCACAAAGCUAAAAUCAGAGAGAUCGUCGCUGCAGCACUCGAGCCUAUACACGCUAUGUUCCCUGUGGGAUACGAAGAACUCAUGCAACAUCAUGAUACCCUUUAA